ACCCAUCCCAUCCCCACUCAACCCCGUUGCUUUCCUCCCCGUGGGUGGCCUGCCUCCUUUCUCAUCUCCUCCCUUCCCGGUGCUCCCUUCGCUGCUCAAAGGAAACAAGGCGGCGGCCGGAGUAAAGCAGGCACUGCCUCCUCAAUUGAUUCCUCCCUCCAUCCCCAGCCCCCUGCCCAGAUCUGUCUGAUGCAUGCGGGAGCCAUGCGGAUGCGAGUACUGCCGGCGUCCUGGUCCUCCUCCGCGUCCACAUCCAGCGCCACCGCCACCACCACCUUAAAGCCGGACCUCCAACAAGAACAAGGCUCCUCCUCCUCCUCCAACAACAACAACAACAACAAUUCCACGGCGGCGGAGGUGUACCUCAACAUCUACGACAUCUCCCCCCUCAACCACUACCUCUACUGGUUCGGCCUCGGCGUCUUCCACUCCGGAAUCGAAGUGCAUGGCAUGGAGUAUGGGUUUGGAGCCCAUGAAUACCCAACCAGCGGAGUCUUUGAAGUAGAACCAAAAAGCUGCCCUGGCUUUAUCUUCAGACGCUCAGUGUGUGUCGGUACAACUGAUAUGUCCCGUUCAGAAGUCCGCACUUCCAUAGAGGAUCUUGCAGAGGAUUAUCAUGGAGAUACUUAUCAUUUGAUUGUCAAGAACUGUAACCAUUUUACAGCUGAUGUCUGCAAGCGUUUGACUGGAAAGCCAGUUCCUGGAUGGGUGAAUCGACUCGCCAGAUUAGGUUCUUUCUGCAACUGUGUAUUGCCUGAAAACAUCAAGGUUUCAGCAGUCAGAGAUGUAACCGCACAUCCUGACUUUUCUGAUGAUGGGUUGGGGUCCAAUGCGUCAAUUAUUGACGGAAGUGACGAGGAUGAUUUAGAUCACCUUCUAACAACGCCAAACAGCGACAUUGUAUCUUCAAGAGACAAGACAUUAACUCCUGCCAGGGAUAGCUUCUAACCGACUGCCUGCAUUCUCAAUUGAUAGUAAGCAUUGCCUUUUGGGUUUUCAGCGGAGAAUCAGAGGCAGGUGCUUUGGUAUGAUCUGCUCUGCUGUCUGCUUUGUAGACCGGGAGGGUCUGGCCUGAUCAAAACUGUUAGAAGGUGGCUAGUUGGGUGUGAUGAUUUGAUUGAUUGGUGUUGCUGUUAUCAUCUUGUUGUAGAGAUAGCGUAUAAUGUGAUAACAUUGUGUACGUAAUUGUGGCGAAGGCCAAAUUAACCAACAUGUCAUGGUUGUGCUUAAUUUCGUGCAUAGCAUAGUGAUGGGAGAGAUUCUUGUCCUGAGGAGAAGAUUGUCAAGUGUGUGAUGUAUAUGCAGCAAGAAACUUUUAGCAGUGGUUGGAGAAUGGUGUGGUAUACCAACUGUUACUGGUUUUGGAGUAGUGGUCGUCUCGUCUGACCCUUUUUUGGCUUUGACUUUGUACGGUGAUGGUGUGCAAGUGAUUUGUUUUGUACAAAUUAAAUUAAUGGAGAUGGAUUGCUAGCUCCCCAAAUGAUUUUUCA